CGCAUGCCCUUCCACUGUGCGACAGAAAACAUGGCUGCGCUCUUGAGAUCAGCCCGGUUACUCAAGUUUUCGCCUUCGGGCCUGCUUCAGAUCACAGGGACCAAAAGAAACGGGCCGCCGCUCAGCCGGCUGUACAGCGGAGCUCUCGGCGGCGCGAGGACCGGAGUUUGUUCCCGACAGAUCAGCCCUGUUUCUGGGAACGCGUCCAGCCGUGUGUGGCCGUAUGCAGCGGGAUGUGUGCGUAACUAUACCGUGGCCACAGAGCAGAAGGAUGAGGCCAGCGCUGCCGUGCGGGCCAAGCAGGCGCAGCAUUUUGACUGGGCUCUGGCCAAGCUGGACAGCUCCGUGAGGAGGACUGGUCGCAUCACCAAGACCCUGCUGCUGCGUAUCUUCCAUGAUAUCUGCAGAACAGGGUAUCCCAGUGGUAACCAGGCCUUGCUGCUGCUGCGUAGCUGUGGCACGCUGCUGCCAGAGGUGCCCCUGGAGGAGCGCACUGAGCUGGCACACCGUAUAUGGGAGAAGCUACAGGAGUUAGGUGCACUGUAUGAUGUCAGUCACUACAACGCCUUGCUGAAGGUUUACCUGCAGAAUGAGUUCAAGUUCUCCCCCACUGAUUUCCUGGCCAAGAUGGAAGCGGCUAACGUCCAGCCCAACAGAGUUACCUAUCAGAGACUCAUCACAGCAUACUGCCAAACUGGAGACAUCGAGGGAGCCAGCACCAUAUUGGGCUUCAUGAAGAGCAAAGAUCUGCCCAUCACUGAGGCUGUUUUCAACUCCCUGGUGACGGGCCAUGCUCGUGCAGGAGACAUUGAAAGCGCUAAGAACAUCCUGCCUGUGAUGCGGGGAGCCGGAAUUGAGCCUGGUCCUGACACUUAUGUGUCACUGCUGAACGCCUACGCUGAGAAGGGAGACUUGGACGGUCUGACAAAGACUAUGGAGGAAGCUGAGAAUGCAGACUGCAGUCUGAUGGACAGGGACAUCAUGCAGGUCAUCUACUCUCUAGCCAAGGCCGGACACCAUCAGCACAUCUCUGUGAUGAGUGAGCGUGUGAAGUUAGACAGGGGUUACAUUCCAGAUGCCAUGAACUUGUGCCUGACCCUCAUCACCCAGAGCCAGGAGGACACGGCUUUCCACAUGCUGAAGACUUUCCCCUCUCUGCAGCCUGAAUACGCCAACGGCGACAACACCAACGUGGGCAACUUCUUCCUCAGACACUGUGUCAACAUGGAUACGCCUCUGGAGAAGAUCGGCAGAUAUUGCAAAGAGCUGCAGGACUCAAACCUGCACACGUCGGCAGUCAGCUUCGCCCUGUCCUGCGCUCUGGAGGCCAGGAAGACUGCUAUGUGUUUGGGGCUGAUGAAAAUAAUGAAGGAGCAGGACUUCCCUGUAAGGCCUCACUACUUUUGGCCCCUCCUCACACAGCACCUGAAAAACAACAACGUAGAGGGUAUGCUCGAGGUGGUGAAGGGCAUGAACGAGCUUGAGGUGUGCCUCGAUGUCGAGACUAUAUACAGCUACAUCAUCCCUGCCUUCCCCAGCAUGGAAGCAGCUCGACAGGCCUUGGAGGAUGCUGAAGUGUCUUUUGAGUCGGAGGGCUUCAUGGCUUCAGAGGUUCGCUUGAUUGCUGGUAGAGACCUGGCUGAACUAUACACCAAAUUGUCAGAUCCCUCCUUCCCUGCGUUGGACAUCGGCAGCUUCCGCGGCAGCCUCAUCCAGGGCUUUAGAAAGUCCUCGGAUGUGGAGAGCAUGGUGAAGAUCACUGAGCUCUUCUACAAAGACAAGCGCUUCUCCAAAGGAAACGCCAAGUGUUCUGAGACGGCAUCGUACCUCUUGUACAAUCUGAUCGACAGCAUGUCAGACACAGAGGUGCAGGCGCACGAAGACAAACUGCGGGCAUACUUCAAUCAACUACAGGCUCAGAACAUAACCAUCCCCCUGAACAUCUACAGAGGCAUCAGGAACCUUCUGGAGUCCUACCACAUGCCAGAGCUCAUCAAGGAUGUGAUCCUCUUGGUGAACCCCAAAGACAAACCGGCUGAUGGCUCUAUGCCAGUUGUUUUCCACGUCCCUAAAAAUGAGGAUAAGGUGCCGGCACUUGAGAGCAAAUUGGCCGAACUGAAAGCAGAGAACCAACCAGUCGGCCUUAUUCUCAAACAAACCAUAUAUGCUCUCGGCGUUGAGGAGAACCUGCAGCGCGCCCUUGAGCUGAAGCAGCAGUACGGGGAGGAGAUGUCAGUCGGCAGCUACGCGCACCUCAUCAGCUUGUGCUGUCGCCACGACAAUGUGGAGGAGGCGCUCAACCUGAAGAGGGAAAUAGAUCGUAAGGACUCAUCAACAGUGCUGGAUACCAGUAAAUACCUCUCACUGGUCAGGACCUUUGCCAAGAAUGACAAAGUGGAGGAGGCAGUGGACAUCCUGAAGGAGAUGAAGGCGAAGGAGGUGGUGUUGGAUAACUCGGCUGUCUCUCUGCUCUUCCACACCUUAAACUCUUUGGUGACCAAGGGCGGCCCCGACACCAUCCGACGCCUGCAGGACACCGUCUUCACCCUCGGACUGACCAAACCCUCAGCGAAUCUCUGCUCGCCCCUUGUUAGUGCCUACCUGGAAAGAAAGGACCUGCCCGGAGCUCUAGAGGCAGCAAUGGAGUGUCACAAGCUCUACAGCCAGCUUCCUCGCAUCCAUGACAUCCUUGUUCGACUGGUGGAGAAAGGAGACACAGAACAGCUGCAGAAAGCCAUGGACUUUCUGAGUCGAGAGCGAGGAGAGAUGACCAUGCUGUAUGAUCUGUUCUUUGCAUUCCUGCAGACAGGCCGCUUCCGUGAGGCUCGCAAGAUUAUUGAGACCCCCGGGGUUAGGGCUCGACCUGGACGCCUGCACUGGUAUGCAGAGAGAUGCAUUUCGUCCAAUCAGAUGGAGGCCUUGGAGCAUAUGGUGGACUCGACGGCCAAGCUGUUUGAGUGCGACAGAGAUCAGAUGUACUCUUACAUCCUCCGUCUCUGCAAGGAGACAAACAACUGGCAGAAGGCAGAAGCGCUGUGGACGAAGAUGCAGGAGGAGAACCUUGUUCCCAGGGAGGGGACCCUGCGCUUGCUGGCAGACAUCCUGAAGGAAAAUGGCCAGGAGGUGCCAUUUGAGGUGCCCGAGACCUGGUACCAAGAAGCUGCCAUCAAGAAAGCGGAGGCGGCAGCAGCAGCAACUCUCCCCUCAGCUGAGCCUAAUGCUGUACUCAGAGCCCGUGUGAUGGCCCUCUGUAAAAGGGGCAAAGCCAAAGAAGCCUAUGGGAUACUGAAGGAUGCCAAUAAAAGGGGCAUGGUGUUAGGUCCCUCCCCUUACGAUCAGCUGAUCCGAGCCCUGUUGGCCGGGGGAUACUUGGAGGAAGCCAUAGCAGUCAAGGACAUUGCUGUGUCUCAUUUGCCGAACUUCCAGCUGGGCGAUCUCGCCACCAGCUUGCUCAUCAUCACACACAGCAAGAAAGGCCAGUCUAAAGAGGCUCUUGAGAAACUGAAGUCAAUGCUGGAGGCACACCGUGUGCCCUCACAGCUCGCCUUCACCAGGGUGAUCCAGGCCCUGGGUAAUGAUGGCCACGUGGAGGGGAUCCAGGAAGUGGAGUCACUGGUGAAGGGCCUCGGCGCGAACCUCAACCUGACCAGCAUGGUGUUUGUUAACAACAUGGCCCUCGCCCACAUCAAGAAUGGUGACUUUGACUCAGCAGUGGAGGUUAUGGAGGCCAUCUACACCAGUCCAGACAACGCAAACCCCAGUAUGGCCUUCGUCUUCAGACGGAUCUUGGAAAAUGACAACGACAAAGCCUUGGACAAGUUGAGUGCUAUGGCAGAGCGGCUAGCCAACCACUUUGCCUGCUACAGACCAGCCUCAGACCUCUUCCUCGAGCUGCUGGAUGUGGGCAGAGUCGAGGACGCCAAGUUCAUGCUGGCUCGCUGUAACGCCGUGGCUGAACAGAAGGGGGUGUUGUUGUCCUACUUGACUCAGAAGGCUCAGGUUCCUGGACAGGUGGGAAAGAUCAAGACCCUGCUGAGCCUGAUUCCAGACUUGGCUGAAAAGGGGCUGUUGAAUGCGUACCUGAUAAAGUGUCAUGUUCUGGAUAAGGACUUACCAUCAGCGAAGGCUCUGUAUGAGGAGAUGCAGAAGGAGGGGAUUGAGGUAGACGAGCUGUCACUCAAACGGCUGGCUGGGCUUUACCGCGAUGCAGGAGAGACGGUGCCCUUCACUGAGCCCCCCGAGUCCUUUAAAUUUUAUGCAGACAAGCUGAGAGAGAAAACAGCCAAAUCCUCGGCGACAGCUGAGGCAUAAAGAUUCAUCCUCCUCUUCCUCUGCCCUCCAUCCAAAUGUUACCCUCCUUUGUCUCUUUUUUUAUAUAGGUUGUUGAAAUGUUGAGUACUGUGUUAUAACUGCUGAGUGUUAGACUCUGUCCAAUGCGCAAUUGAUAAUAUUGAUGAUGGUGAUGGUGAUGAUGAUGACGAUGACGAUGAUGAUGAAAAAUGUACAAAAGUAUUUAUGCUAAUAAAUGCCACAUUCUGA